AUGGCGGAUGACAAGAGUAAUAAACAGGCUACGCUGGGGUAUGUGCGCGAUUCCCAAUCAACCAUCGGGCGGUUUUUCGGCUCAUCCGCGAAUGGAAAUCAGGCCCCAAAGAAACAAACGACACUAGCAUUCGGCGGAAAGAGACAACAAAAAGAGAGCGAUGCUGUAGAGGGCUCUACGGAGCCUGCCGUUACUGAGAAAAAAGAUGACAUGGACAUGAAGAUUGAAGAUGAACCCACAACUGCCUCCGACAAGACAAUUGAACCCGAAUCUGCCAAGAGCUUGAAGCGGGAAAAGGUCGACGAAGGGAAUGAGAGUGAUAAUUCGGACGUCCAACCUGUUUCAAAACGCCGGCGCAAGGCCACCAAGGAAAAAACUCCACCCCCCAAGCAAAGUCCCAAGAAAAGCCCAAAGAAGUCAUCACCUGCGAAACAAUCCAAGUCACCAGCAGCCAAGCCCACGAAGCCUGCGUCCCCCAAGCCAAUCCUGAAGAAAGCAUCGGAAGAAGAGCUUGCCGAGGAAAACAGUCAAUCAGACAAAGAUGAGGAGCUGUCAGAAAGCGACGAGGAAGUUAAGCCCGAAGUGAAGAAGGAGACGAUGGCGAAGGUGCAGGCAACUCUCAAGUCGACAGGCAAUGAUCCAUACCCGGACUGGAAAGCCGGAGAUCCAGUGCCAUAUGCAGCACUUUGUACAACUUUCUCUCUGGUUGAGAUGACCACGAAACGCCUGAUCAUCAUGGCCUAUUGCUCUCAAUUCCUCCAGCAGGUUUUACGGCUCACUCCGGGGGAUCUACUCCCAACCGUCCAAUUAAUGAUCAACAAGCUGGCUGCGGACUACGCUGGAAUUGAAUUGGGCAUUGGAGAGUCUUUGAUCAUGAAGGCCAUUGGUGAGUGUACUGGCCGCAGUCUGGCCGUCAUUAAGACUGAUCAGCAUGAGAUCGGUGACCUGGGACUCGUGGCUGCUAAAAGUCGAUCCAACCAACCGACAAUGUUUAAGCCCAAGGCCCUUACCGUGCGGGGAGUCCAUGAAGGCUUGCUUGGUAUUGCAAAGGUCAGUGGGCACGGAUCCCAGGACAAGAAGAUCUCGGGCAUCAAAAAGCUUUUAUCUGCAGCAGACGCCGCCACCGCAGGCAAGGGCAAUAAAGGAGUGGACAUCACCCACAACAAGGGUGGCCCCAGUGAGGCCAAGUUCAUCGUCCGCUUCCUGGAGGGUAAGCUGCGACUGGGUCUAGCUGAGAGAACUGUGCUCGUGUCCUUAGCUCAGGCAAUCGUCUCUCAUGAGGCCGCAUUGGAGGGCAAGAAGGCAACUCCAGAAAAAAUGGCCGAGGGAGAACAAGUCCUGAAAACCGUGUACAGCGAGCUUCCCUCCUAUGAAGUCAUUAUUCCCGCUAUGCUUGAACACGGCCUAUUCAACCUCUCCAAGGUUUGCAAGCUGCAACCGGGUGUGCCUCUCAAGCCGAUGCUUGCCAAACCAACCAAAUCAAUCACCGAAGUUCUUGACCGCUUUGAAGGAAAGGAAUUUACUUGCGAGUAUAAGUACGAUGGAGAACGAGCUCAGAUACAUUUUGUGGCUCCAAGCGCGAUUGAGCAAUUCCCUGCGUCUACUGCUACGUUACAGAGGGAUGACAAGGGUCUUUCUGCAAUUUUCUCCAGAAACUCCGAAGAUCUGUCAAAGAAGUAUCCGGACGUGCUGGGUAAGCUAGAUACUUGGGUCAAAAACGAUGUGACAAGCUUUGUUCUGGACUGUGAGACUGUUGCUUGGGAUACUGUCAACAAAAAGGUGCUUCCGUUCCAGCAGUUAAUGACUCGGAAGCGAAAGGACGUUAAGGCAGAGGACGUAAAGGUCAAAGUAUGCGUUUUUGCUUUUGAUCUUCUAUUUUUCAACGGAGAUCCUUGCGUAAAGAAGUCUCUUCGGGAGCGCAGGGAGUUGAUGCACCAGUGCUUCCAGCCAGUUGAAGGCGAGUUCCAGUUUGCCCAGUAUGGCGAUACCAAUGUUCUUGAUGAGAUUCAAGAUUUGCUGGAGGAGAGUGUCAAGUCAUCCUGUGAGGGACUGAUGGUCAAGAUGCUGGAUACUGAUGAGAGUGGAUACGAGCCUAGCAAACGUAGUCGGAAUUGGCUUAAGGUCAAGAAAGACUAUCUAGCUGGUGUGGGUGAUUCACUUGAUCUCGUCGUGCUUGGUGCUUACUACGGUCGUGGAAAACGUACUUCCGUGUACGGUGCUUUCCUUCUGGCCGCCUACAACCCGAAUAACGACACAUAUGAGACAAUCUGUAACAUCGGCACUGGCUUUUCGGAAGCAGUGUUGGAGGAAUUCCACAAGGAGUUAAAGCCAAUGGUCAUCGAUCGACCCAAGCCCUUCUAUUCCCACUCAACCGUGCCCAAGGAUCAACCAGAUGUGUGGUUUGAGCCUCGUCUGGUAUGGGAAGUCAAGACUGCCGAUUUAACACUCAGCCCUCGGUAUCAAGCAGCUGCAGAUGAGUUUGAGGGUACGACUGGCGGUGGUAAGGGUGUCUCGUUGCGGUUCCCUCGUUUCAUCAAGUCCCGUGAUGACAAAAAGCCUGAGCAAGCAACAACAACCCGUGCCGUGGCAGAGAUGUACCGGAAACAGGAGGCUGUGGCCAAGGAGACUGCGGGCAAACGAGGCGUUGAUGAUGAUUUCGAGUAUUGA